GAGAUAACGACCGCGCGGAUCGUGCGCCUCGGGGCGCGGCGCCCGACGUUAAGGUGAGCUACAGCAAAGAGCUCCGGGCCCUCCUGGACGUGGUAGGCUUCUCGCAGGGGGUGGACACGCUGGUGCUCGUCGGCGACUUGGUCAACAAGGGGCCGGCCAGCGGCGAGGUGGUUCGCCUCGCCAGGCAGCUGGGCGCGUGGGCCGUGCGCGGAAACCACGACGACGAGCUACUGGAGGCGUGGUACCGGGUCGGGCGCUAUGCGGCAGGCCUGGGGUCCUACAGGCACGACGCGCUGCAGCAGGUUGGCGCCGAGGACAUCCUGUGGCUCCGAGAGCUGCCCCUCUCCCUGAGCGUGCCUCGCCUCUCUGCCUUGGUGGUGCACGCUGGCCUCGUGCCCGGCGUGCCCCUGGAGCGGCAGCGCUUCCGCGACCUGCUCUGGAUGAGGGACCUGGCCCGCGAGGGCCAGGGCUGGCGUGGCCUGGAGAAGCCCAGGCCCGGAGAUGCAGACGGGGCGGCGGGGGGCGGCUCGGUGCCCUGGGCGGGCGCCUGGGAGGGGCCCGAGCACGUGGUCUUCGGCCACGACGCGUCCAGGAGCCUGCAGCUGCACGCCGCCGCCACCGGCCUGGACACCGGCUGCUGCUACGGGGGCGCGCUCACGGGCCUGCUGGUGCCGGCCGCGGGCUGGGCCGCGAGGCGGCUGGUCGCGGUGCCGGCGGCGCGCGAGUACUGCAAGCCGACGGGGGAGCAGCGCCCCCUGCCCCAGUCGCACCUCAACGCCCCGGCAUGGUUCGCACCCGAGGCGCCUUAG